AUGUUAGGCACGCAGGCUCCGGGCGCUGGCAACUGGGGGAAUUCGUUUGGCCAGCGCACAGACAUGGACAGCGUGCCGCUCUUUGAGCGCGAGCACCGCAACGACAGCCAACUGGUGCAGAGACUGCAGAACGAGCUGGCGGACGCCAAGCGCUUCGUGGAGGCGCAGGCGCGGCGCCAGAACGACCUCGAGUACGUGAACGAGGACCUGGAGCGGCGUCUCGAGCAGGAGGCGCUGGACCGCAUCACACUGGACGCGCAAAAGGCGGAAGAUGAAAAACGAUGGCAACACGAGAAGGCGGAACUACAGGAACAGAUCAAGACGUGGGAAGCGCGUUUUGAGGAGGAGACGCGACGUCGCUCCAUGACCGAGGAGCGCCUCCGUCGUGCUGAGAAGGAGCUGUAUCGGAUGCACCAGAAGAAAUAUGACAUCGAGAAGCAAGUCCGCCGCGAGGAGAGCGAGAAACGCAAACACGAGGCUGUCAUUGUGCGCAGUCUGCAGUCGGAUUCACAGCGUGCUCAGCAGAGCGCCAAUGGCUUCCUGGACCCGACUGUGAACCCCAAAGACGCCAAACCGGCGACAGUUCGUACGCGGCAAGCUCUGUCUUCUGCCAUGGACUUUUUGGGAGUCUGA